UAGCUGGUUUCACAGAGAGAAAUAACAGGAUAAAAAGCUGUUACUCAAGAAUGUUUACUCACGAGCCAAAUAAUGUACCACAACAGAAGGUUGCUUCUAAAAUCACCUGUAUAUCGCCAGAACACUGUUUCCUGUUCUCAUUGUUCUUUAACGCCUACGGCAAAUUGAAACAGGAAAUUAAAGACACAUUUAAAAAUUGCAGUGAGAAGGUUGAAAAGCAUCAAAACAAGUUUUAAUAGUAACUUGUCUGCAAGUGAAGAAACCAUCACGCAUCUUCUUGAAGGACCACAGCAACUCAUUAUCCAGUCAGCAAUGAGUAACCAGACAGCACCAGAGUGUCUCAUCCCUCCAGCAGAGUACCAGCUCUACUUGUUCCCAGUUGUCUACAUAUUUGCUCUGGUCUUCGGCCUCCCGGGAAACCUUGCUGCCAUCUACGUGUUCAUUUUCAGAGUCACCCCGCGCACCGCCUUCAGUAUUUACAUCAGCAGCCUGGCCCUGGCAGAUGUUGUCAUCCUGUGUACGCUUCCCUUCCGGAUCCAUUACCACCUCAAUGGAAACAACUGGGUGUUUGGCGAUGUCACCUGCCAAAUCACAGGGAUCCUCUUCCACGCCAACAUCUACACUAGCAUUUGCUUCAUGACGUGCAUCUGCUUGGACCGCUACAUGGCCACGGUGCAUCCACACACCUACUUGAAGCUGAGGAGGCCUCGGUACGCUCUGUUCACCAGUAUCGUCCUAUGGGUUGUCGCAGGAGUAGCUGUUGUGGUCUUUAUCCUCAUGGGACCUUUAGAGACUAACGGAGACAAAUCAGGGAGCCACAGCUGCUUUGAGAACUUUGCCGCCCAUGAGUGGAGCUCCCGUCUGUUCCCUUACAGCCUCCUGGUAAUUUUCUGCUCCCUUCUGCCUUCCGCAACCAUCUUGGUUCUCUACUCAAUAGCCGCCAGGCGCAUUUCCAGGAUCCAUACAAAGAUGGCCCAGCGAGCCGUGAGGGUCAUAUACAUCACUCUAGCCAUCACACUGAUUUGCUUCCUGCCCAACCAUGUGGUUUACCUGCUGCACCUGCUUCGCCGCAUGAAAGUCAUCCAGAGUUGCCCGCUAGCAAACGCAAUCUACAACGCAAGGAGGGGCACCAUGGCCCUCGUCAUCCUCAACACAUGCCUGGACCCUUUGCUCUACUACGUCACCACCAGCCACUGCGCUUGCAAACCACCGAGGUCUUGGUUUAGACUUCGGAGGCGUCGAGUUAUUUACACCAUCACGGUGUGAUAAGACGAUGGAUAUUGUACUAGAACCCUAACUUGAUCUUGAUGCUUCCAUCUUUGUGGUAACAGCAAAGCAAGGUCCAUAAAAGGCACGCUUGGAUGAACCGAUGCAAACAGGUUUCACCAGUCCACUCCUAACUCAUCGUGAAUGUUUAUUCUCAAAUCUUACACGUUUUGCUACUGUGACGUUUAUACAUAUUCCAAAUCGUGUAUGUACAAUUGCCUUCGACAGUAGUCUAUGUGCCUCAUAAUGAUAGGUCUCAUUUGUAAUGCACUUUUAAUUGCCAGUAAAAAGUGCUACAGAGUAACAAAACAAAGAUGCAAAAUUAAAGAGUUGCAGGUUAACUCAUUCACUGCCAGCUCAGGCACAUACAGUAUAUAGUAUUCAGAGUAUGUGUAUUGGUUAGUUGUAAAACAUUGUAGUAAAAACACCACUUAAUGGCAACAGACGUCCUAUGCAUCCUCCUAGGCAGCAUGGAGUGAAUGUCUAUCGCCAUCAAACGGCAGCCAAAGAGUUAAUUACCUGUAUUUACUGCAAAUCUACUAUUGCAUCAUGCCAGAGCAGGGCUUAGCUCUAAUGAUGUCGCUGGUGGCACUUUGUUUUCUUACCAAGAAUUAUGAAAUGAUGUACAUAAAUAAUCUAGGCCUGAUGUGGCAUUAUUGUUCAUGGUUUGUCUCUUGUUUGAGCCCACCACUUCUUUCAUUUAAAAAAAAGACAUGAUCGUAUCUAGUCAUUAACUCAAAGGCCAGAUGGGAGGCCUUUUUUCAGUAGGGUUGAAAGGAAGCUCCCCAGAUCUUCAUCCUGGUGGAAUAAAAAUUAGAAUUUAACAGCAAAGCUUUAAAAGAUUAUUGAAGAUUUGAAUCGGUGACUAAAUAUACCGGCGACACAAAAAGGCACAAAUUGAUAUACUUUCUUGGACCUGCCCUGCACACUAUGCCCUUUUAUCCAGUCAAAACAAAAGUUGUCUUUGAAUGAUUUUUUUGAAGCUUAUGCGCAGGUGUUUGCACUGUUUGGUAGAAGGCAUUGCCCUCCACAUUCACAAAGAUCAGCCUUAGAGCUUCUCAGUAUAACCUCCACGUCAAGAGGAAUUACCACUAAAAUCACUAAGAAUGUAUUUUAUAGACCUACAAGUAGGGGUGUAAGUGUACACAAAAAUCUCGGUUCGGUACGUACCUCAGUUUUGAGGUCACGGUUCGGUUCAUUUUCGGUACAGUAAGAAAACAAAAUGCAAAAUAUAAAUGUGCUAGUUUUUUAUUACAUACUUUUGUGCUUUCAACAAUAAGAACAUUAGCCAAUACAAAACUAGAAUUCUGCUCAAAAAGUAGCUGGUAUUUAAAGAUAAUCCAACAACAAUUUGCCUUUCAGACCCCGCGUAUUGGUCAGCUUUCUUUGUGAAAGAAAGAAGAAAAAGGAAGUCCUGUGCUAAAGAGAAAAGCAAUCCCAAUGACAAAGAUUUUAACAUGUAUUUUUCAAAUGAAAUGCC